AUGGCGCGACGGCCACUUAACCCAUGGAUCGCAGACUUUGUCAAAAAUGAGAUUGAGGCGGUCCUUGCCUGGGCGGAUAGGAAGAAGGUCAAAAGCUUCGUCAAGCUCGAGAAUGAUGGCCGAUUCAGUGACGAUGGAAGCAACUUCAGAAAUGCCGUGUCUUCGCUUGAGCCUGAGAAAGACCAACUUCAACUGAUCAAGGUCCUAGCCGCAGGGAAUACCGUGAAUGCGGUCCUCUCGGACGGGCAGACUUGCAUCAAGGCUCGCUUGUCUGACAAUGCUGUUGAGAUAUUUGAAUCAGCCUUGGACGAUGGCGAGCAGCUCGAUCUCGAAGUCACCGGAGACGUUAUCAGGCUCAAGUCCUUCACCAUUGUCACUACCGCAUUUGGUUCAGAAGAGGACUACAUUCAACUCACAGUGGAGGACAUUGACUAUUGUCACCACCUGCGUAAACUCGUCGGUGAUCCGGUCUCAGUUGAGAAGGAUCCUCGGAUUCGGCCUCUCAUCGAUCGGGUCAUCAAGUCUCUCGUUCCCGCCGACCCGAUUGAAGAAUGGGACGCCGACCAGGAGAGUAUUCAUUCUCAGGUGGAAAGCCCUGGGAUAGGUAGUCAGGCUUCAAUCAACGUUCCGAGGAGCUCUCCGCCCAUGGAGCCAGAGACACAGCUGCAAGGAAUUGAGACCAGUGUGCGUUCCAGUCAGCACAUCCAAGAUUCGGCGGCAUCGAGAAGAUCGGCACUCAGGUUGCAGAAGCGAUCGGCAGCAGAAGCAGGGCUUGAGAACGACGGUUUCGAGAUGCAGUCCGGUGUCAACCUCGACCGACCCGUGAUAGCUCUACGCAAGCCGGAUACCAAAAUCGGUGCGAAGCUGCUUGGUCUGCUGGGAAGUAAAUGUGCCGAGCCUGAGACGGUCGCGGAGACUCCAGCAAGAUUUGUGCCACAUUCUAACCAGGAGCGGUACGCGCAGCUGCACGUCGUGCCCGAGACAUUCGUGGAAACGCCGCGCGGAAAAGGUGAUUUCGAUCGAACGGAGCAAGUCGACCCCCCUUCGAGCCCACCAGUCCAUGUCAUAAACGGCUCUAUCGACACUGGCGUCAAUUCUUUGGGACAGGCGCAGAGUGGAACUUCUUCUGAAGUGUGCCAUACAACGCGACCAAAGAUCGCCUACGGACGCCGGAAAAUCCCAGCAAACCAGAAGAAAUUACUUGACCUUGCUUCUUCAUGGCUGCCAUCGCUUCCUGGCCAAACCUUCCCGAAGCCGAAUGUGCCGAUCGAAAUACUCAAAAAAUGGAAUGCGACGCCGGCCGUCCCUCGUGUGGCAACUCCCAGAAAGAUGGUUGCUACAAGAUCUCGCUCAGGAUCUGCUACGCCGACAGAGGAGGCCUCACAUGGCCCAAGUCUGCCGCAAUCAGCAGAGCAGGCAUUCGAAGAGGACGAAGAUGAUGACGAAGAUGAGGCCCAGGAUGAGGACGAUGACGACGACAUUCCCGCAUCACAAUGGCCUUCUUCCGCGCCCGAAAAUCCGAGUGCUCCCCCCGUCAGCUCAUUGGGAGAUGUCAUACACGACGACCUUUCUGUCAGUCCUUCAAAGACGCCGAACCUACCGCCGGACAGCUCAUUGGGAAGUCUCGUUGUCAGUCCUCCAAAGGCCGCACCAGUCAAUAGGGCUCAUCCCAAGGCUCCAGCGGACUUACGCAACCGCUUACCUGUGCGGCCAAAUGUGCCGCUGCCUUCGGGGCCAUCAUUCCCGCCAUCGAGAGGCGGGGAGGAUCAAACGGUGCGCCCACAUGCUUCGUUGUCGCAACGGUCGAUUCCCACCGGUCCGCGCAAUCCGUCUCACUAUCGUGGUGACUUCUCCCCAAGCGGGCAUCCGUACCACGAGCCACGAAGAAGCGAAUCGCUACACUCCCAGCACUCUCAACGUGGAAUUGGAGCAGCUCCUCGGGAGGCUCACGCAUAUCGUCCGACAUUCGGCUCAUCCCGCCCGGUAUCUGCUGCUUCUUCACAUGAAGCAUCAUUGGCUCUCGCAGAAGCCUCUCCGAUGGCCAUUCGAAUAUCGCCACAGCACUCCGUCGGCAAAUCGCCAAAGCGUCGCCGAGUGCCAUUCAAGCGUCAUCCCAGCGCUCAGUGGACCGGUCGAUACAGUCAGCGGCGAAGACCUUUCAAAUCGUCCUGCGGCCGAGAGGCAGAUCCGUCUUGCUCCAGGAUCCGAACAGCAGAGAUCGAAUGUCAAGUCCGCAAAUGGACAAUCAUUUGA